UUUGAGGAACCCUUGUUUGAUUUGAUUAGAUUUGAAUGUUGCAUGUAUUAUAAUCUUGCAUGUACCUAAUUUUGCGACCCUAGUUUAUUUUAUUUUAUUAAAAAGAUAUGGUUUGGAUACAUAGGUUGACAUGUUAUUUUAUAUGGAAAAGAGAUUUGUAUUUAAUCUUGCAUGAAGUAGGCCUAGUUUAGUUUAUUUGUGUUGAAAUUAUAUUUGUAUUGACAAGAAUGCUUUAGAUACAUAUGCUUUGAAUUUUGCAUCUAGUAGGUGUACUUUAGUUUAUUUGUGUUCAAAAGAUACGCACCAAUGACAAGAAAGCUUUUUUUCAGAUUGUUAGGGUGGUUUGGCUUCUCGAUGAUCACUGGGACAAACAACACUGGUCGUACGCUAUGUCGGUGGAGCAGCGGGUAAUAAUGAAAGUGGAGCUUGCACCUCUGAAGCUUCGGUCUCACGGGGUCACCCUUGGGUGGAUGCUCUGUGAUGAGUGGUACACACCAUAUGUAAGGGAGACGGGACUUCUCCCUUUCAUUCAGUUGGUCAGCCGGUCGACGCCACCCAACAAUGUUGUAGCACUCACCAUGCUUAUUGAUCAUUGGAGGCCAGAGACACACAGUUUCCAUCUUCGGACCGGGGAGAUGACCAUGACGCUCCAGGAUAUAGCUAUGAUCACCGGUCUUCCUAUCGAUGGGAAUCCUCUAUGUAUGAACACCAAUUCUGAUGGGUGGCGCGCGCAGAUGCAAGCCCUUAUCGUUAUGGUUCCUCCAGAGCCUCGGGAACCAGAAGCAGAAGACAAGAAGAAGGAAAGAGUCGUAGCCGGCGCUCCUUUCACGUGGAUUACAAUGCACUUUGGUACUUGCCCUGAGGAAUCUAAUGAGGACACGGUCAAGACAUAUGCUCGUGUCUACAUGUGGUACGUGAUAUCCAGGACUAUAUUUGCUGAUGGCAUAGGCAAGAAUGCUCCAUGGAUGUGGCUGAAGGCAUUGACCGUCUUCGAUAGCAAAUGGAGUUGGGGUUCGGCGACACUGGCUUACUUGUAUAGACAGCUGGACGAAGCCUGUUGUAGGCCAUCUGAAGGUAUUGGUGGUUGUAUGCUCGCACUUUCCAUAUGGAGCUAGGAGCGUUUGCCGGUUGGACGAUCGAAGACCGUGAAGUACGAGGAUUGGGACAACAAAAAUGACCCACUACGG